UGCAUUUCUGGUGCCAGGCAUUACGCAGUUUAGUCGGGCUCUGAAAAUUCAGCCCGACCAAGUAGUAAAAUCUAUAGUGGGAUUAUCUGCAAUCUGAUUGGUUGACAGCAACUGAGCAAACUCAAAUGCGCUGUUUCGCAACAUCUAGUCGGGCUCUGAAAAUUCAGCCCGACCAAUACAAGUGAUAAAGUCUAUAGUGGGAAUAUCUGUAAUCUGAUUGGUUGAGAGGUAGCUGUGAACACACUCAAACGUUUAACAACAUCUUGUCGGGUUCAUUUUCAAAAGCGUGACUGGAAUUUUGAGCUUUCGAAAUAUACGUUCGGAAAUCGUGAUAACUUACAUUACAAUGGCUUCGGCUAAUGAAAUCGAUAUAAUAAGUGAACUACAAAAGAAACCCUUUUCUGUUCGACAAUCAGGCGAGCAAAAUAUACUCGUAAAGCAGCGGCCAAUUCCAAAUUUACAAGCGACUACAGGCAAUAGAAGCUUUCAGGAAAGUUGGUACUCGAAGAAAGAUUGGCUUUGUUGUAGCUCAGAAAAGAAUGCAUUGUUCUGUUGGCCUUGUCUUUUAUUUUGCCCUGGAUCGUCAUCUUCAUGGACGCAGACGGGAUUCAAAAACAUGAAGAAUUUCCUAUCCGAUUGUAAGAAGCAUGAGAAGGCAAAAUCGCACAUGGGUGCCUACAAGACCUGGAAGACCUACGGUUUUCAGCCUCGUAUCGACUGUCUCAUGUCACAAACUAGACGUGAAGAGAUUCAGCGUCAUAACGAGGAGGUAAGGCAAAACAGGGAAAUGUUGAAAACCAUAACAGAAGCUGUUUUAUACUUGUCUAGGCAAGAGCUUGCAUUUAGGGGGCAUGAUGAAUCUAGUAGCAGCAUGAAUAGAGGAAAUUAUAGAGAGCUACUUGAAAGUUUUGCCAAGAUGGAUUCUGUUUUUGAAAGGCGAUUACAUGGAAGGCUUGCUGAAACCCACCUUGCUGGGGGAGGGCGGUUUACUGGAGUCUCUCCUGAUAUUCAGAAUGAUUUGAUUGAUUGUCUUGAUAAGAUAAUAGAGGAUGAGAUUUUAAAGGAAAUAUAUUGCUGCACUUUCUUAAGUAUACAGGUUGAUGAGGCAACUGAUGUUUCUACCAAAGAACAAUUGAGUGUAAUUGUUCGAAUGGACAAAGGGGAAAGUGUCAUUGAAAGACAGCUUGGGUUUGUUGAUGUUAGUUGUGAUAGGACUGCAACUGCUAUAUCAUCAGUGGUUAAGGGUUUGAGAGAUUCAAGGCCUUUGUUGCUUCUCUGAGAAAUGAUACAGAAUAUUGUCAGGUGUACGACCUGGCUGUUGAGAAAGUGGGACCACCAGUAACCAGGAUUUCCAUUCACAAAGACAUACUGUCAGAGAAAGAAGACGCCAACACAUUGCAUGAUGAGGUAGUAAAGAAGUUCAUUGAAAAACCACGAAGACUUGCUUUCUUAUACAAAUAGGGAGUCUAAAUUCGGAAAAUUUUCUCGCUCGGCGCCAACCAUGGUGGCGCCUCGUGAGCCCGACCAAAUGUUUUUCGCUAGCUACGCCACUGCAUUCCUUUGCCCUUGAAAUAUUGUUCUUUGUUGAUAAUUAAAGCUAUUGGUAAACAAAUGCUGUAUUGAUACUCCUCGUUCCUUGUUGACAAUUAACAGUUCUUUAAACAUUAAUGUAUAGAUAGCUAUAAAAGAAUGAAUGGACACAGUUUUGCUCUCGUAUGAAAAUCGAAAAUCUUAGUUAACAUGCAUAUUAUGACUUUGACAUGCCACCAUUUGUAAUGCGAUAAGACAAUACUAAUAAAAGGCUAAAUACAAACAUAUUCCGUACAGAUUUAGGAUUUUAUCACUCAAGGUUUUCCAUUCCCCGAUUACCCAUUUGUUGUUUUACAGAUAACGUCUGCCAUCACGUGUUCAAACGUCACAAUUGUGAUGUUAAUUUUGUUCUUUAAAAACCAAUAAUAAGCAAAU